GGUUUUGUGGUUUGUGCACAUUGAUUGCGCCAUGGACGGACCGGGCUCGUCGACCGGCGAGAUCUCUGUACUUGGCAACAGUCGGAGCUGGUACCUACUGCUCUGCCUGGGUGGGUUGCAAACGGUUGUCAAGGCGGAGGUGAAGCGGCACCUGGAAGCGUCUCGACAGGAAGGAGACGUUCAUGUGUUCGAGGAAGAUUUCGGAGCGACACAUUACGUGAUGACGAAAACCAGGAGCGCCAGACCAAGUCGAAGGGGUUCACUCCGGCCAGGCGGGUUGCGGGAAGCUGCUGGUGGCGACCGAUGCUCCGCCCGAGACCCUGAGAUCGCUUCGUUGCGUCCAGUUACGGGCUUGUUCGCCCUCGUCGCGCACUCCGCAAGCUUGGACAUCACGAGGAUUCCUCGACAGGCCGCCGAGUCCACGUCAACUUCCUCCCCGCAGAAGAUUGCCUCUGGAGCAGCCCCAGCGGAGGACCCCAACACGACAGAAGCCGCGCUUGCUCGCUUGGAGUCCCUCGUGACGGACUCCCCCCUGUGGCCUGCGGCCAUAAACGUGUGGAAGAGUUUCAAGGUUUCACAGGCACGGUCGACGGAAGCAGCAGCUGCUGGUGCUGGGGAUGUCAGCGGUACUGAACCGAGAGAUUGUCCCGCCUUGGGUGAGCCCGGCCAAGAGGAGGAGGAUGCGCCGCGAGCGGUUGGCGAUAUUGACGUCGCCGGCAUCAAGUUCCGGGCGUCUGUGGUGCGGGAUGGGCAGCACCCUUUUAGCUCCGUCGAGGCGUCGCCAAGGCUCGGAGGAGCGGUGUGGUCCGUGAACCGUGGAUGGACCGUUGAUUUAAAGGGGUAUGAUGUGGAGGUAGUGGCCUUCAUUUUGGAGAGGGGUGUGGCUGUGGGGCUCGCUCUCGACGGCGACCGAACCAAGCGUUGCUCUCACGGUCGCGUUCCGAAAGAAGACAAGGGUUUCAUAGAGACCGGGAAGCGCAUGUCAUCCCUCCGACCGAGUACCGCGUACCUCAUGCUUCGCAUGGCGGAACCUGUGGUCGGGGACGUGAUUGUCGACUGGUGAGCAACAUGCACCGUCCUUGAUGUUGGUUGCUUCGUGGGGUUGGAAAGCUCCUUUUCCCGAGAGACGCAAGGCGUAUGCGGGCAACCGUCACGCAUCACCGCGUUGGCUACAGGGUGGUACCGUGUGUUGCUCUUCCUGACAGCUUGCGUACCUGUGCGGUUACCAGCUCAACACUCUGUUCCCGUUUGGUGUCGAGUUGACAUAGCCAUGGCGUAAGCCCGGCACCUUUGUGGUAACGACAACACA